AUGCAGGCAGACGAUGUGAUAUGGUCCGUGAUCGGACACCAUUUUUGUUCCUACAAGAUCAAGUCUGCGUCACACUCGACAUUUUGUCGUAACGAAUACAACUUGACCGGCCUGUGUAACCGGCAGUCCUGCCCGCUAGCCAACUCGCGCUAUGCGACGGUGCGUGAAAAAGAAGGCGUGGUAUACCUGUAUAUAAAGACGCCCGAGCGCGCAUUUUCGCCGCGCCGCCAGUGGGAGCGAAUCCGACUGUCGAAUCGGUACUCGACUGCGCUGGAGCAGAUCGACAAGGAGCUCGUGUACUGGCCAAACUUUAUUGUGCACAAGGCGAAGCAGCGCCUCACCAAAAUAACGCAGUACCUGAUCAAGAUGCGCAAACUGCGGCUGAAAGAAGAUGAGCAGCCGGAGCUGGUGGGUAUAAAGAACAAGACUGAGCGGCGCGAGGCUACGCGCGAACAAAAGGCGCUUCGCGCGGCCAAGCUUGAAAAGUCGAUUGAAAAAGAGCUGCUGGAGCGUCUCAAGAGUGGUGCGUACGGCGAUGCACCGUUGAAUGUGAAUGAGGAUGUAUGGAAUACAGUGUUGGAGAACGGACAGGCACGUACGGAUGCUCAGAGCGUCGCGCUCGAAGAGGAGCUCAGCGAGGAGGAGGAGGAGGAAGAUAUGGAGGAAAUGGAGCGCAAUUUGCGCGAUAUGGUGUCGGAUAGUGAAGACUACGGACAGCGCGAAUUUGUCAGUGACGACGAAAGCGACGACGAAAGCGAUAACAUUGAGGAUAUGCUCAGCACAAGCGAUGAAAGCGGCUCCGAUGCCGACAACGACGGAUCGAACAAGCGCGGCGCGCGCGGCGCGCGGCGCAAGCCGACGAAAAGACCCGACACCCGUACCAAGCGUGGCGGACCGCCACUCGAGGUCGAGUACGAACAAGAAACCGAGCCGCUCACUGCGCAGCAGGUGGCCCAGCUAUACACCCGCCCUUUGCACAGCGCUACGCACAGAAUGCACCGUGCAGAAGCGGCGCCUAAAUGCGCCUCGCGCAUGCGUGCUAACUCGGCGCAGAAGCGCAAGCGACGCUGUCGUGCCGCGCCGCUGUCCGAGUCUGCAUGGGUAUCGUCCGAGGAAUCGAUUGAGAAUGGCGCGGCAUGGUACAACACGACCUCGAGUGAGGAAGAAGAGGAUGCGAUGCACCCUAAACGGCGGGCAACCGGCUCAGAACAAAAGUAUUAUGACCGAUGGGUUUCUCUGCGCAAGCGCCAGCUUAGCGCGCCAAGGGCGCAGGUUACACCGCUGCGUACAUGGCGGCAGCGGAUACGCGAGCCAACGAAGCAUGCAAAUACAGACAAUGUGCACGACACAGCAAUGCACGACCCGUUCAAGCCUGUCUGGGAGAAGAACGCCACAUUUGCGCGCCAUGUCUCUCCCUUUGUAUUCAGAAAUACCGAGCCGCUUUUUACGCGCUCGCCCAAAUCACGUCGAUUGCGGCGGCGGCACGAGAGCCCGGCGAAAAGCGUCCGCGGUGGGCACGGCGCGCUUCCUAUGCCGCCUCUUUUGAAGCAGAGCAGCAUCCGAUCUUUUCUGCGCGCCAAUGAUACCCCUGCCUCGCCUUUGGCGCAGCGAGGCGCCUUCACCACGGAGUCAGAUGGGCUGUGGGACUCGGACUCUGACCUGUCGUCUUUAGACGAAUCGGUCCAUUCUGAUCCAAACGCACCCCCAAGAGAGGCAUGCGCACAGCGCAAAGCACCUCGCCGUAUGCGGACCCGCUCGGUUUCCGGUACAGAUGUAGAGCAGGAGGUGAAUGCGGACGAUGCUAUGCCGCCGCCGCCCUUGGCUGCUCCUGCAAAAGUCGCGGCAAAAGCGCCCGCUGUAUCUCACCAGGAACCGCGCUUCACGCAGCCGAUACUGCUUCGGCGGCGGAGGCAAUCGCUGUGGACACUCUGCGAAAAGUUUGGCAUCAGCGCGGCGCCGGACUGCACGAAAGCUGCGCUUGUGGACCACCUCGUCCGACUUGGCCACGAGCAACCGCACCUGCUUGCCGCAGAGUUGGAGCAGCCCAAAGUGAUUGCCCCACCCACCGCAAGCGAUGCCGACGAGCUAAACGGACUCGACUUGGAAUCACUGGACUUGCUCGACCGAGAAAUCCCGCCUGACAAGCUCGAAAAGCUCGAAAAGAUUGGCUCGGGUGCAUUCAAGGACGUUUUCGUGGGUAAAUACCAUAUUUCUCGUACACGCACCAACAAGGUGGCGAUUUCCGACCUACGAAACCAGCUCACUGACAUGGAUAUCAAGGAGCUCACGUUUCUUCGAGAUUUCCGGCACCAAAACAUCGUGCGGUUUAUCGGGAUCAGCAUUCCGCCCGAGCCUCGGAAUGUGCCUUGUAUGAUUGUCAGCGAGCUGUGCUCCAAUGGCGAUUUGUUUGACUAUAUCCGCAACACGCCAGCGCCCUCGGACGCCGCCAUCUUUACCAUCUUGCUCCAAAUUGCCCGUGGGCUGGAAUACUUGCACUUGCGGACGCCGAUGGUCAUUCACCGCGACUGCAAGUCGACCAACGUGCUCAUCACCAAAGACGGCGUCGCGAAAAUUGCCGACUUUGGGUUUGCGCGCGUAAAACGAUCGACACGCGCCAUGGUGCGUUCGCUUGUCGGGACAGUCAACUGGCAGGCCGUGGAGCUCUGGGUACCCAAACCAAACUACAAUGAAAAAGUGGAUGUAUGGAGCGCGGCAAUGACAUUCUGGGAGGCGCUCCAGUGGCACCAACCCGAGAAGCGCUAUCCCUUUCAGGGCAUGAAUGAACACCAAAUCUAUUUUAGCCAGCUCAGUUCCGGUUUCCUAAAUGCUAUCCAGAACCGCCGUACCAUUUACGGUCUUACGAAGAAGACUAUUCUGCCCGACCCGCAGAUUGUUCAGCUUGUCCAGCAAGCUGUGCGUGAGGCCCCCUCUGCCUUCAACGUGCAGUCCAGCCGUGUGGUGAUUUUGCUCGGCAAGCAGCACGACGACUACUGGAAUCAGAUUGUCCCCGCUUCCCUGCGCGCUGUUGCUGGCGAGAGUGCUGUCGAGGCUUCCAAGGGCAAGCUUGCAGGCUUUGCGAACGGUGUCGGUACCAUUCUUUUCUUCGAGGACGAGGCUCUGAUCAAAGGUCAGCAGCAAUCCUUCCCCCAGUACGCUGCCGGCUUCCCUCUGUGGUCCAACCACCACUCUGGUAUAGCGCAGAUCUACACUUGGGUUUUGCUCGAAUCUGAGGGCUACGGUUGCAACUUGCAGCACUAUGGUGGCCUUACUGGCGAGACCCUUAAGAAAGUGUACAACCUUCCCGAGUCGUACAAACUCCAGUCUGAGAUGGUCUUUGGCUACCCCGAGGCGCCCGCGGGCGAGAAGUCGUACAUGAACGACAACGAGCGCGUCAUUGUCUUUAACUAA